CUUUCAGGAUAAGUAUUAUGUUUACGCGAAAUCUUCUUUCCCACCACUUUUCUAUGGAAAACAACGGGUAUCCCAUAUCCACUGCUUGUGGCAAAUGUGACGGUCGGGACGCCUUUAGAGAAGCCUGAUCACCGGAGCCAUCGCCACUCCAGCUGGAAGACGCAAGACUCCAGCGGCAGAGUUCGUUUGCCUUGUCUUGUCACUACAACAAAUCCCCGGACACUCCAGUCCUUUUUGGGUUUAUACAUUCACAGUAUAACGCCUCAAAAUGGUUGGCUUCAAACCCACAGAUGUCCCACCCACCGCGGCCGUGAAGUUCAUCGGUGCCGGCACAGCAGCUUGUAUAGCUGACCUGUUCACCUUCCCUCUGGACACCGCCAAAGUUCGACUUCAGAUCCAAGGAGAAAGCAAGACCUCACUCAGUAUGAAGACCGCCCAAUACAAGGGCGUCUUCGGGACCAUCUCCACCAUGGUCAAGACAGAAGGGCCCCGGAGCCUAUACAAUGGCCUAGUGGCCGGUCUCCAGCGACAGAUGAGCUUUGCGUCCGUCCGUAUCGGACUGUAUGAUUCUGUCAAGCAAUUCUACACCAAGGGAUCAGAACAUGUCGGAAUUGGGAGCAGACUGCUUGCCGGCUGUACCACCGGAGCCAUGGCGGUGGCCAUUGCUCAGCCCACAGAUGUGGUCAAAGUGAGAUUCCAGGCCCAAGCCAACGUUUCCAGCGCUAAGCGGUACAAGGGAACAAUGGAUGCGUACAAGACCAUCGCCAAGGAAGAAGGGAUGCGUGGCCUCUGGAAAGGAACUGCCCCAAACAUCACUCGCAAUGCCAUUGUGAACUGUACCGAGCUUGUCACUUAUGACCUCAUCAAAGACGCCCUCCUGAAGUACAACCUUAUGAGUGACAAUCUCCCAUGUCACGUCACCUCUGCGUUCGGAGCUGGUUUCUGCACCACGGUGAUCGCCUCCCCCGUUGAUGUAGUGAAGACAAGAUACAUGAACUCUGCCAAGGGGCAGUAUCGGAGUGCCCUGAACUGCGCCCUCACCAUGGUUAAAAAGGAAGGACCAUUGGCUUUCUACAAAGGAUUCAUGCCAUCUUUCCUAAGGCUGGGAUCCUGGAACAUCGUCAUGUUCGUCACGUAUGAACAACUGAAGAGAGCCAUGAUGUCUGCUCGUACCUCCUGGGAGGCUCCUUUCUGAUCAUGAUGGCACCAUCAUCCCCAUCCCCCACCUUCCCUUUAAAAUAAGAAUGUGUCUACCUCUUGUAGCAUUGUUUACUCUAGGUUUUAGCAGU